AUGCUAAUUAUUUUAAUUUUCCUUAUUAUUUCCAAUUGUUUUGCUGUGAAAUGGAUCGAUUCAAAUGCUUCAUCGGAUAUGAAAAAAGGAACAGAAAUAGUGAUGAAUCAUACCGAUGCAUUAACUCGAGAAAUCUCGACGAUUGAUCAAUCGAAACAAGAAUCACCGGAACUUAUUUUCGUUCAUACUUUAUGGAGACAUGGUGAUCGAGGACCGUUAAUAAUAUAUCCGAAUGAUCCGUACAAUGAAACGGUAUGGCCAAACGGAAUUGGUGAACUUACCGAGAUUGGUAUACGACAACUAUUUCAAGUUGGAAAACGUUUCUAUCAACAAUACAUCAAUUCAACGUCACCAUUUCUAUCAAAAAAUUAUUACAAUAAAGAGAUAUAUAUUCGAAGUACAGAUGUUAAUAGAACUAUUACAAGUGCAAUGGCAGUCUUAGCCGGAAUGUUUCCGAAUGGAAUUGCCGGAAAAGAUUAUCCAAAAGAAAGUGAUGAAGUAAAUUGGCCACGCGGUUGGAUACCAAUACCCAUUCAUACGAUUGAACUUAAACAUGAUCAUACAGGUAAUCCAUUUUAUCAUUGUAUUCGAGCAGAACUGCUGGAAAACGAAGGAUAUGAAAGCAAUGUUUUUCGUGAAACGAUAGCAAAAUACAAGGAUUUGUUGGCAUAUUUGUCGAAUAUGACAGGUUAUCAAAACCUUCAACCGAACGAUAGUUUCAAUUUCAUUUUUGAUGCUUUAAUAGUUGAACGUUUUCAUAAUUUGAAAUUGCCAGAAUGGUUUACAAAAGAGAUUGAAGAACAAAUGAAAGCUUUGUAUACUGAAAUACGAAAAUAUCGAUUUGGAAAUGCAAAAUAUUUUGGCUCAAGCGGUAGACUAAUUCGAUUACGUGGAGGUGCCAUAUUGAAUGGUAUCAUUGAUAAAUUACAACAGAAAUGGGAAUGCUUAAAUGAUAAUAGCAGCAAAUGUAUUUGGUACAAACGUAUCAAAUUCUAUGGAUUAUCCGCUCAUGAUGUGACAAUUUCCGCAUUAUUGGUCGCAUUAGGAAUAAAUUCUCAAAAUAUGGACAUCUAUCAUCCACAAUAUGGUGCUACCGUAUUUUUCGAACUUUACCGAUUUAAUAACCAACCUUACGUCAAAUUUCUUUAUUCAAAUAUUUAUUCGGAUGAACCACAAUCAAUAACUCAUUUCAUACGAGGAUGUCCACUAACAUCUGACCUUUGUCCUUUGGAAGAAUUUAUCAUUGCACAGAAAGAUCAUUUGCCAGCAACAGAUAUUGAGAAAGAAUGUCACGAAAAGAUGUAA